AUGAUUGCAUAUGCCAUUUUAGGUUUUUUGUUCUUGUCAACAAUACAUCUUUAUCAUCGAUUAGCAUUAAUUGAUUUACAAACUGGUCCAGCUAUACGCCGUGCUGGAAUAAAUCAUCCAUCAUCUACAUCUACUUCAGAAUUGCAUAAUUUAGAAGCACAAUUAACUCAUUUAACUCAACUUGCUUCAAAAAUGGUUGAAGCACUUGGUCAUUUAACAUCAGAAUUAAAUAGUUUCGUAUUAUAUUCUAAUCCAGAGAAAUUUUCACCAGAUCAAUCAACUAUGAAUACAUGA